AUGACUCCAGCAACAUCGACUCGAGCUGGUUCAAGCUGGUUGCAGUCGGCUUCACAUGAAAUUCUCAAGCAACUUGAAGGUGGAGUUGGGAUUCCCCAUGCCCUUUGGUUUGGCAGGGAGUCAACAUAUCACACCUUGGCCCUUGACCUCCUCAGGCCAUCACUAUACGAUCUCUUCCUUGCAUGCAACCACAAAUUUAGCCUUCCCACUGUUGUUAAUUUAGGAGACCAGCUGCUGUUGCAUCUUGAGUACAUUCACUCACAUGACAUUGUUCAUGGGGAUAUCAAACCGCAUAAUGUCUUAGUGGACCGUUCAAGACAAACUACCUAUAUCAUUGAUUUUGGUCGACAUCUCACAGGCACCCCUGCCUUUGCUUCAAUCAACAAUCACUUGGGAUUGGAGCUGGUUUGUUGUGACGAUCUCAAAUCACUUGCUUACAUGCUAAUAUAUUUCUUGCGUGGCUCCCUUCCAUGGUUAAAUAAAUGA